AUGGCAAGAGGAGGAGGAAGAGCAGGACGUCAUGGCCAAGGUGGCCGUGGAAGAGGAGGAGGAAGAGGACAACCAAGGCGCCCCCGUGGCAGAGCCUACACUCGCAAAGAGUUUGAAACUGUGUUUGAAGUUCUUCGAGUGUGGCUUCCUAUCACUGCUCCUGAAUGGAUGAAAUGUGCUGAUCUCAUCAAUCAGAAACUUGAGCAGCCUCGUCCAUGGGACUCCAUUCGCCAGAAAUUCAACAAGUUGAUCCGUGCAGUUGAACCUUCAGGUGACACUGAACCUGGUUGGGAAGUUCUUCAAGCCAGGAGCAUAGCUGCAGAGAUUCGGAUCCGAAUGGAUGGAUCAAGUGGAGGGUCUGAUGAUGAGUUUGUUGCCGGCGGCAGUGAUAGUGACAAUGAUGAUGGCAGUGGCGAAAAUGGUGGCAAUAGCAAUGGCAACGGAGGCGUUGCCACAAACCACUAA